AUGGUAUGGGCCCAGUGUCCGCUUGCCUCAGCAAUUCAAGUGUCUGCCUUUGGCAAAAUUAGAAUAGGAUGGACGGUCGCCAGGAUAAAACUCCUCAAAGCGCGCCCCACUCAAUGUUUCCGGUGUUGGGAACAAGGACAUCUGAAGAGCAAAUGCACCUCCCUCGUGGAUCGAACGAACCUGUGUUACAGGUGUGAUAAAGAAGGGCAUUUGGCCAGAUGGUGUACGGAGGCAUUCAAUUGCGCCCUUUGCGCCUCCCAAGGCAGGGAUGCAUUUCACAGAGUGGGCUCUGGUUUAUGUAAAGCUGAACCAGGACCGAGAGCUUUUAGCUCUAAUGUUGCACCGUCGCGGAGGGACGAAAACAUGGAGGUAACCAAUGGUUAA